AUGACAUACCUCAAAUCCGAGGUGGAAUACGUCGACUUAGACGCCGAUUCCCAGCCACUCCCAAAGUACGGCCACCUCUCCAAAGAGCACCCUGACUACACCGCAGCGAAAGCCGAAAUCACCGCCAUGUACGCACCCCUCCGCGCCCAGCCGACCUUUGCUGCCGUGAGGGAAAUCGCCGGCGAUGCGGACGCCUCCAUACCGCCCGGUGGUCCGGAUCGCUACCGAGAGGUGGUUACCGAGCUGCUUUAUUUCAAGGCUCGGGAUGGGCAAGAGAUUGAGCUCAAGAUAUACAGGUCGCCCAGUGUCAGACCAAAUGCAGUCUUGAUGUAUCGUAUGCACGGAGGUGGAUGGUGCGUGGGACGCCAUGAAGUCGACGGCGCUGAGAAUGUAUACGCCGCCACGAACAAGAACAUCGUCGUCGUCAGUGUGUGCUAUCGCAAGGCGCCAGAAGAUCCGUUUCCUUGCGGCCUCCAUGAUAGCUACGACGGACUUCUAUGGUGCAAAGCAAAUGCAGAGAUCUUGGGGAUUAACCCUGAGAAGAUCAUCCUGAGCGGCAGCAGCGCGGGCGCCAACCUCGCCGCCUGCCUCGCAAUCGAGUGUAGAGACAACGGCAUCACAGGUGUCCUUGCGCAGGUGCUUCAUUUUCCGUCAAUCUGCCACCCCAAAUUCUUCCCGAGGGAAAAGUACGAGUAUGGAAGCUACAUACAGAACAAAGACAACCCGGUCCUUGACAUAUUGUUCAUGGAAACCGCCAUCGACGCCUACUUGCCCAACGCCGUCCCCGACCAUCGUCACUCACCGUUGCUGGCCGAGUCCUUUGAAGGCCUCCCUCCUGCACUAAUACAAUGUGCGGGAGUGGACGUCCUGCGCGACGACGCCUUUGCUUACGCGGAUGCGCUGAGGGCUUCAGGGGUGGAUGUUGAGUUGUAUGCGUACGGCGGCCUGCCUCACUGUUUCCCGGCUGUGGUACCGACGGCUUCCGAUACUUUGGUGUUUUAUAAAAGAUACAAUGAGUUUUUGAGGGAACAGACAAACCUGGAUGCAGAUGCCAAGUAA